AGAUCUGGAACCACUUGCUGAAGCACUGUUAGAACCGGCGUUACUUGCUGCAUUAGAGGCUGCGUUGGAUCCUGAACGUGAUCCACUGUUAGAUCCUGACCGGGAACCUGCGUUACUUGCUGCAUUGGAGGCUGCGUUGGAACCUGAUCGUGAUCCACUGUUGGAUCCGGAAAUGGAACCUGCGUUACUUGCGGCGUUAGAUGCUGCGUUGGAGCCAGAUCUUGAUCCACUUGCUGAAGCGCUGUUAGAACCGGCGUUACUUGCUGCAUUGGAGGCUGCGUUGGAACCUGAACGUGAUCCACUGUUGGAUCCGGAAAUGGAACCUGCGUUACUUGCGGCGUUAGAUGCUGCGUUGGAGCCAGAUCUUGAUCCACUUGCUGAAGCACUGUUAGAACCGGCGUUACUUGCUGCAUUGGAGGCUGCGUUGGAACCUGAACGUGAUCCACUGUUGGAUCCGGAAAUGGAACCUGCGUUACUUGCGGCGUUAGAUGCUGCGUUGGAGCCAGAUCUUGAUCCACUUGCUGAAGCGCUGUUAGAACCGGCGUUACUUGCUGCAUUGGAGGCUGCGUUGGAACCUGAACGUGAUCCACUGUUGGAUCCAGAAAUGGAACCUGCGUUACUUGCGGCGUUAGAUGCUGCGUUGGAGCCAGAUCUUGAUCCACUUGCUGAAGCGCUGUUAGAACCGGCGUUACUAGCUGCGUUGGAGGCUGCGUUGGAACCUGAACGUGAUCCACUGUUGGAUCCGGAAAUGGAACCUGCGUUACUUGCGGCGUUAGAUGCUGCGUUGGAGCCAGAUCUUGAUCCACUUGCUGAAGCGCUGUUAGAACCGGCGUUACUUGCUGCGUUGGAGGCUGCGUUGGAACCUGAACGUGAUCCACUGUUGGAUCCAGAAAUGGAACCUGCGUUACUUGCGGCGUUAGAUGCUGCGUUGGAGCCAGAUCUUGAUCCACUUGCUGAAGCGCUGUUAGAACCGGCGUUACUUGCUGCGUUGGAGGCUGCGUUGGAACCUGAACGUGAUCCACUGUUAGAUCCUGACCGAGAACCUGCGUUACUUGCUGCAUUGGAGGCUGCGUUGGAACCUGAUCGUGAUCCACUGUUGGAUCCGGAAAUGGAACCUGCGUUACUUGCAGCGUUGGAGGCUGCGUUGGAACCUGAUCGUGAUCCACUGUUGGAUCCGGACCGGGAACCUGCGUUACUUGCUGCAUUGGAGGCUGCGUUAGAGCCAGAUCUUGAUCCACUUGCUGAAGCGCUGUUGGAACCGGCGUUACUUGCUGCAUUGGAGGCUGCGUUGGAACCUGAACGUGAUCCACUGUUGGAUCCGGAAAUGGAACCUGCGUUACUUGCGGCAUUAGAUGCUGCGUUGGAGCCAGAUCUUGAUCCACUUGCUGAAGCACUGUUAGAACCGGCGUUACUUGCUGCAUUGGAGGCUGCGUUGGAACCUGAACGUGAUCCACUGUUGGAUCCGGAAAUGGAACCUGCGUUACUUGCGGCAUUAGAUGCUGCGUUGGAGCCAGAUCUUGAUGCACUUGCUGAAGCACUGUUAGAACCGGCGUUACUUGCUGCGUUGGAGGCUGCGUUGGAACCUGAUCGAGAUCCGCUGUUGGAUCCGGAAAUGGAACCUGCGUUACUUGCGGCGUUAGAUGCUGCGUUGGAGCCAGAUCUUGAUCCACUUGCUGAAGCACUGUUAGAACCGGCGUUACUUGCUGCGUUGGAGGCUGCGUUGGAACCUGAUCGUGAUCCGCUGUUGGAUCCGGAAAUGGAACCUGCGUUACUUGCGGCGUUAGAUGCUGCGUUGGAGCCAGAUCUUGAUCCACUUGCUGAAGCGCUGUUAGAACCGGCGUUACUUGCUGCGUUGGAGGCUGCGUUGGAACCUGAACGUGAUCCACUGUUAGAUCCUGACCGAGAACCUGCGUUACUUGCUGCAUUGGAGGCUGCGUUGGAACCUGAUCGUGAUCCACUGUUGGAUCCGGAAAUGGAACCUGCGUUACUUGCAGCGUUGGAGGCUGCGUUGGAACCUGAUCGUGAUCCACUGUUGGAUCCGGACCGGGAACCUGCGUUACUUGCUGCAUUGGAGGCUGCGUUAGAGCCAGAUCUUGAUCCACUUGCUGAAGCGCUGUUGGAACCGGCGUUACUUGCUGCAUUGGAGGCUGCGUUGGAACCUGAACGUGAUCCACUGUUGGAUCCGGAAAUGGAACCUGCGUUACUUGCGGCAUUAGAUGCUGCGUUGGAGCCAGAUCUUGAUCCACUUGCUGAAGCACUGUUAGAACCGGCGUUACUUGCUGCGUUGGAGGCUGCGUUGGAACCUGAUCGAGAUCCGCUGUUGGAUCCGGAAAUGGAACCUGCGUUACUUGCGGCGUUAGAUGCUGCGUUGGAGCCAGAUCUUGAUCCACUUGCUGAAGCACUGUUAGAACCGGCGUUACUUGCUGCGUUGGAGGCUGCGUUGGAACCCGAUCGUGAUCCACUGUUGGAUCCUGACCGAGAACCUGCGUUACUUGCUGCAUUGGAGGCUGCGUUGGAACCUGAUCGUGAUCCACUGUUGGAUCCGGAAAUGGAACCUGCGUUACUUGCAGCGUUGGAGGCUGCGUUGGAACCUGAUCGUGAUCCACUGUUGGAUCCAGACCGGGAACCUGCGUUACUUGCUGCAUUGGAGGCUGCGUUAGAGCCAGAUCUUGAUCCACUUGCUGAAGCGCUGUUGGAACCGGCGUUACUUGCUGCAUUGGAGGCUGCGUUGGAACCUGAACGUGAUCCACUGUUGGAUCCGGAAAUGGAACCUGCGUUACUUGCGGCAUUAGAUGCUGCGUUGGAGCCAGAUCUUGAUCCACUUGCUGAAGCACUGUUAGAACCGGCGUUACUUGCUGCGUUUGAGGCUGCGUUGGAACCUGAUCGUGAUCCGCUGUUGGAUCCAGAAAUGGAACCUGCGUUACUUGCGGCGUUAGAUGCUGCGUUAGAGCCAGAUCUUGAUCCACUUGCUGAAGCGCUGUUAGAACCGGCGUUACUUGCUGCAUUGGAGGCUGCGUUGGAACCUGAACGUGAUCCACUGUUCGAUCCGGAAAUGGAACCUGCGUUACUUGCGGCGUUGGAUGCUGCCUGAGAGCCAGAUCUGGAACCACUUGCUGAAGCACUGUUAGAACCGGCGUUACUUGCUGCGUUGGAGGCUGCGUUGGAACCCGAUCGUGAACCACUGUUGGAUCC